AUGGCAUGCAGAUCACUGUUGGAAGGUUUUAAAGUUUUGCCGAAUGAACUGGCUUUGAACUUUUUCAGCCAGGAUAUUGAGCUGGAAAACCUGAAUUUGAAAGGUUUGUUGGCAGACUUAUAUGAAUAUUUGUGUUUUAAGAUUGUUUUUAUAGAUUUUAUUAUUAUAUUAACGUGUUUUUGACGUUAUUUUUUAGUAAAAUUUACGGAAAAUGGCAAAGAAAGAUGUUAUCAAUGUUUCUUCGAAAGAAAGCUAUUAUUAUUAUAUUUUUGGUCAGACAUCGAUAGUUUUUUUGACGUUUGAGGUUAAUUCAAAUAUUUUUUGGAUAGAUAUAACAAUAUUCAUAUAUAUUUAAUUUUAAUUUCAGCUGUUUCAACUAAGAUUUCUUAUUUUAGACAUUUUGGAUCUAUGGCUGGUGAUAGAAGACAACGAUGAAACAGUCAAAAUAAUCAAAAACAGUUCUGCUGAACUUGUUGGUUGUGAGAUUACUGCGAUCGCUCGCUCAAAGAUACCAAUACAAGAACUCAAAAGCUCUGACGGAAUUGGUCACAAACGGUGUAUAUUGUAAGUUAUUUCUCUUUUUGUUUGGUUUUUAGGCAACAAAUGUUUACUUGAAGUUUUAAUAUGGUAUUUGUUAGAGGAUUAAAUGGUUUAUGGUUCUAACCUGGAGAAGAUAAUAAUUAUUGUGAAGUCUUAUGUUAGAAAGGUUUUUUUAAUAUUGUGUAAUUUAGGUAGUAAUCUUUUAAAUAUUUGUAUUUUAAAGCCAAGCGUUAAAAAAAGUUUAUUUUUAGAUCUUUCAAACAUGGUGACGUGCCCUUCAGAAACAUGGCAUUUAGAAGUCAUGAUAAGAGGAAGUGUCACGAGUUUGUGGUCGCGAAUGGCUAUAAAGAAAGAUAUGGCAUCUACGUAAAACAAGAUGUUGGUGAGUUUGGUGAAGUCAGAGACAUUAUGAGUAAUGUUACACAGCCGAUAUUUGCAAGUUUGAAGGGGAUUAACUCUAGAAUGGCAAACAUGAAGCGAGUUGUUGAUGAUCUACAUGAUGUAAGCUAAGAGUUUUGUUAUUUUAUGAAGUUUAGGUAAUAUUUUUACGAUUGUUUGGUAAUUAUUUUGUAUUUUCUGCUUUUUUAGGCUUUUAGGUAACAUUUAAAUAUUUUUAAAUUUUUAGACGAUAUCUCUUGUUGUUUUGAAAGCGUAGAUAUUAGUUGUUUCGUUUAAUAAUUUUAAAUUUCAGAUGAACGUGGAAACUUUUUGGACGGGUAUUCACGACCAACAGGCUUCUCCAGUUAAAGAUAAGGUUGAAAAAGCCGAUGUAGAUAAAGCCGAGGCUGCAGAAGGCGAAACUCCGAAGUCGAAAAAGAAAAAGAAGAAAAAGGCCAAGAAGGUUGACGACUAUGAUCUCGAUUUAUGA